UGUUUAGAUAAGUUUGUGAGUGUACAGUGUUUUCGUUUUAAGUUAUGUGGACUCGCACAUGUGAUGAUUUUAAAGUUCAAUGAUUUCAUUUUACCAACACUACAUUAGUCCAAUUUACAAUGAUUUUUGUCAUAAAUAUUAGAUUAAUUUCCUGAUCUAAUCAAUUUUUAAUUUGGCACCGAAUCUCAAAAUUAACCAAGACGGUUGAAAAUCGUCUUUCGGCAAGCGGAUAAUGAAGGAUUUGUUUUAUUUUUGUAUUGGUGUAUUAUUUUGCAACUUAAAAUUAACGAUAGCACAUUAUACUCAACAGUGGGCAGUGCAUAUCCAUGGUGGUGGAGAUAUUGCCAACGCGGUAGCUAGGGACCAUGGUUUUAUUAAUCAUGGGUUGAUAUUCGACGAUCAUUAUCAUUUUUCCCAUAGUGAUGUAGCUAAGCGGUCGCUGAGGCCGAAUGUAGAAAAGAAAGCCAAACUUGCUGUGGAUACUAGAGUUAGUUGGGCGCAACAACAAAGAGCUAAAAGGAGAGUGAAACGAGACUUAAAAGUACAAGACAGUGAUCCAAAAUGGCCAUAUAUGUGGUAUUUAAAUCGAGGUGGAGGUCUAGACAUGAAUGUCAUACCAGCUUGGAUGGAAGGAAUUACGGGUAACGGAGCAGUAGUUACAAUAUUGGACGACGGAUUGGAAAAAGACCAUCCCGAUCUUUUACAAAAUUAUGACCCAAUGGCUUCAUACGACGUAAACGGUCAGGACUCCGACCCUAGCCCCAGGUACGACAUGAUAGACUCCAACAGACACGGUACCAGGUGUGCCGGUGAAGUAGCAGCCACCAGUAACAACUCCGUAUGCGCUCUGGGCGUUGCGCACGGUGCGCAAGUUGGUGGAGUUCGAAUGUUAGAUGGAGAAGUCACAGACGCUGUUGAAGCGAGAUCUCUUAGCUUAAAUCCUCACCACAUAGACAUUUAUAGCGCUUCUUGGGGCCCGGAUGAUGACGGCAAGACUGUCGACGGGCCUGGUGAGCUCGCGACCAGGGCUUUCAUUGAAGGUGUCACUAAGGGUCGGAAUGGUAAGGGGUCCAUUUUUGUUUGGGCUUCUGGAAAUGGCGGUAGAGAUCACGAUAACUGUAACUGCGAUGGAUAUACCAACUCCAUCUAUAGUUUGUCGAUUUCCAGCGUCACUGAGCACGGUCACGUGCCUUGGUACAGUGAAGCUUGCAGUUCUACCCUAGCUUCAACCUACAGCAGCGGAGCAGUUGGUGAAAAGCAAGUAGUAACGACAGACCUAAGACACUCUUGUACGAGUAGCCACACGGGUACUAGUGCGUCGGCUCCACUAGCAGCUGGCAUUUGCGCGCUAGCUCUCGAAGCUAAUCCCAAUCUGACCUGGAGAGACAUGCAGCAUAUUGUUGUGAGGACAGCACGUCCUCAGAAUUUGGAAGCGCCCGACUGGCAGACCAAUGGGGUUAGUAGACGUGUUUCUCACAGCUUCGGAUAUGGUUUGAUGGAUGCCUACGCUAUGGUGCAGUUGGCGAGGAAUUGGACUACUGUUCCUGAACAACACAAGUGUGAGAUUACAGCACAACAGGUUCCAAGAAAUAUUCCUCCUAAAAGUAUGGUAACUCUUCAACUUCACGUAAAAGACUGUGAAGGGGUGGACAUUCUCGAGCACGUCCAGGCAAAAUUGACAAUUUUUUCGCAAAGAAGAGGGGAUCUGAAGAUACAAUUGACGUCGCCUUCAGGAACUAAGGUUGUUUUAUUAGCUCACCGUCCACACGAUAAUUCUAGAGCUGGAUUUAGCGUUUGGCCAUUCAUGUCUGUACAUUCGUGGGGCGAGUCGCCUUUCGGCACUUGGCAGCUCGAAAUUCACAAUGACGGAAGACUGCUGGGAAGGGCUUCGUUGCAAAACUGGACCCUCGUUCUAUAUGGAACGAGAUAUUUCGUACCCAGUUUGCCUAACGGUAGCGAAAAAAAUAACAAACACAGAACGGGAACGAACAAACGGAAAAACAAAAAACACAAAAAUAAGAAUUUAAAAAACUCGAUCGCGACCACCAGACCGCCGUCCUUUGAGAACAAAGUGCAAGCAAAACCCGCGACUGUGAAUACCACGUUACGGAUCAAAAAACCAUUAGUGUCUAAUAGCGAUGUAUCGCCGUAUUUUUACGCCGUCUCGAACUAUAAUAAUAACAAAAUUAGAUUGGACCAAAAUAAUGUCAAACAGUAUCUGAAAUUCGUUAAAAACAUUACCAUUACGUAUCCCGUCAUGAUUCCAGCCAGGAAUUUUAUCAAAAAUAAUAAUCAAAAAAAGUCGCAAAAAUUAAAAGAAAAAAGUCGCGAUAUAAAUUCGAAUCGUAACUUAAAACUCGUGCCGAACGCUACAACGACCGCUGAAACCGUUCUAACAACAAAACCCACUUUAGCUACUCAUAAGGACAAUAUUGGUAAUUUCCAAGCAUGAUAUUAUCGUUUAUAGCGUAUUUGUCUCAUAUUGACAGCAAAUUCUAAGAAAUAUAAGGUUAAAAGAAAUGUUUUAAUAAUUAUGUGCUAAAAGAUACAACUUUACAACUAACUGUUGUGUAUCUCUUUAUCAUGGCUUUAUUCGACUGUUUUUGCUUUGGCUCUGCCUAUUUUAUGCUGCUGUUCUCCAGGAAAUUAAAAAUUAUUUAGACUCUGUAAUUUCCCCUUUUUACAAAAUGAAUGCAAUUCUACUUUCUAUGUAUCUUUUACAGCCACGAUUUUGUCUCUAUUAAAGCUUUGUUUUCAAAAUUAAUGAAAUUACAAAGAGAUUGUAGAUUGUAUUAGGUUAAUAUAAAAACUUUAUUUCUUUGAAAAAUACUAGAUUUAUUAAAUAAUAGUAAUAAGUAAUAUUUUACAAAACAGAAAAAAUUAUGAUAAAUGUUGUUUAUUACUUAAGAAAAUGUUCUAAUGUAUGAACAACUAAAUAUUUGUAUCUUCCAUUCCUUAUUUUAUCAAAUAAAAAAAAAUCUAUGGAAAAACUAUCCCUUUAUUGGAGAAGCAUCCCAAAACAGGCACAUGGGAAAGCCUUCAUAGGCAGACCAUGUCCCAAAAGAACUGGAGAACUACUCUUAGUGAAUAGGAACCAGUUGAAAAUGAAAACAGCGUUCAUGACUGGGCACGCCCCAGUAAAGGGACAUUUGAACAAAAUUGGCAUGUACAAUGGGGAACUCAUGUGCUGACUAUGUCACAAGAAACCAAAAAUGGCCAAACACAUACUGUGCGAAUGCGAAGCUCUAGAUCGCAAAAGACAGGCUCUUUUUGGACAACCCCAGGUUGAUCCAACAAUGUAUAGAACCCACUCACCCAAGGAUCUGUACAGACUUGUACAAGGUACAAAGGUGACAGAGUGGGUGCUAUGAACUAACAUGGGGUAAAACACAAUAAGCCAAUAGGCUUCAGUGUUAUUCGGAGACACAUAGUCAGACGAGCCCAGGAGAGAAAAAAAUCCCUUUAUAAGUCUCUUGACAGUACUGAAACAUGAUGUCAUUAUGUAUCAACAACAGUGACAUAUGUAAAAGCUCUAUAUACUACAUAUUUACAAUACAUUAUAUAUUUUGCUGAAUAUCAGCAUUAAUAUUAUAUGCAUCCAAGUUAAAUCAUUGCAUAUUAUCCCUUUUUG